AACUCAUUGAACGAAAGUUUGACGAAAGUCGACAACUUUCUUUUGUUGCAGUGACUUGGGCUAAUUCACUUGUUCCCAUGCUUGUCUGAUAUCCGUUAUGCCCGCAUACAACCUUGGAGACAAGUAUGUGGUCCAUUCCUUAUCACUGCGAGACAAUAAAUCCUGCCACCUGGCGUUGUGUGGCUCACCCAGCAAACUCUGUUUCGCUUUGAGCUAUUCCAUUCACAGGCUGGCGGUCCUACUAUUGUUGUUGCAAUGCCACGUGCGCGACACGGGUGCUCUGAAGACACCUUCAUCCCAUAACGGGUACUAGUUAUUGUGGAUGGCAGGUAUGCCUACAAUCAGUGGUGGCCACGAUGGCAUAAAAAGGUGUUGAAGAGUGACAGUCCACCACCCAUGCCCGCGCAGCUGUGCUCCGCCUAACAUAUUCAUAUCCACACUGUACUUUUCAUAUGGCAUAUCGUUCCUCAGCGAGUUUUCGACCUGAAGUUGCUGGUCAAUCUGGGUCUUCACACCCUCGUUUGAUUUCGCAUAUACCACUUCAGGACGAGAUUUUGGAAAUUGAGGAAUCAAGAUCGAGGCCAAUCUAUGAAGAUAUGAAGAAUAUCCAAUAUUGGAUCAAAACGGUCAAUUCGAACGAAAUGCCUGAUAUUAACUGCAACGUGCCCUCGUCGCCGAACGGCAUCUUUACACAUCCAUUCAACUCCUUCAGCCUCUACGAUCAUUGUGAUAUGCAGGAUGAAGGGGAUGGUGAAUACGGGUCCUGUGACGGCCUUGGCGGCCUGGUGACUUUUGAUAUAAGUGCCUGGCUAGCUCACGACAUGCCAUCUCUAUCGGACAGUAGUGAUGACACUACUGCCGCUUCUGCUAUUUCCGACGCAGCGCCACAAUACAUCGACAUUGCUUGGGACAGUCCUUGGUAUCGCUUACCUGGGUCCUGCAGUCCAAUUACUUCUUCGCCUCCCCAUGAUUCCUAUUCUUGCGCAUGUUCACCGGAUGUACGGCAAGCUAUGGAACAACAGGAGCUUCUACUUGACCUUUUCCACGAUGAGCUGCGUCGGAUCAUUCCGAGUAGUCACGGUUAUAACUCUGCUUGGUUGGAAGAUGUCGACCCAGACCUGGUUCUUUCACCAGUGCAGAGCUACGAAGAGCUGUGCUGGCAAUCAGCGGUCUCUGAAAUCCAUGUGACCCGCAAGCCUUUUCCUGAUGUGCCUGUAGGGCCUUGGGAUGUUAAUGGCGCGUUUUAA